GCAGACAUGGCAGAAAGCUGCGGGUCAGACAUGUUCCAGUGCUCCAUCUGUCUGGAUGGACUGAACCACCCGGUGACCCUUCACUGUGGACACAGCUUUUGUCAGGAGUGUAUGAACACCUUCUGGGACCAGGACAACCAGAAGGGAGUUUACACAUGUCCCCAGUGUGUCCACUCCUUCAACCCAAGACCCGUCCUGGGCAAGAACAUAGUGCUGGAGGAUGCGAUGGGCAAAAUGUCAAAAGAAGCUGCUGCUGCUGCGGAGGGGGACGAGGUUGUCCCCGGGGACGUGGCGUGUGAUGUCUGCACCGUGAGGAGGCUGAAGGCCGUGAAGUCCUGCCUGGUGUGUCUGGCCUCCUACUGCUCCACCCACCUGCAGCCUCACUACCAGUCUGCAGCUUUCAAGAGGCACAAGCUGGUGGAGGUGUCCGUCUCCAUGCAAGACCAGAUCUGCCCCAAGCACGACAAGCUGCUGGAGGUCUUCUGCCGCAGCGACGGACACUGCAUCUGUCUGCUGUGUGUGAUGGACGAGCACAGAAGCCAUGACACCGUCUCUGCUGCAGCGGAGAGGGAAGACAGACAGAAACAAUUUCCAAAGAAAGAACGGAGGUAUCACCGGGGAAUUCGAGAGAAAUUGAAGAAGCUGAAGAAACUGAGACAGAAUAUUGCUUCACUAAAGUGCUCUGGAGAUGCAGCGGUACAGGAGGCAGACAGGGUCUACACUGAAAGUGUCCGGACGGCUGAUAUGAAGCUGCGUGCUGUGAAGCGAAGGAUCAGAGUCGAGGAGAAAGCUGGGGUGAGCCAAGCCGGGGUCCUGGUGGAUCGGCUGGAGAGGGAGAUCUCUGAGCUGAGGAAGAGAAAGGAUUCACUGAAGCAGCUGUCACUCACUGAGGAUCACAUUCAUUUCCUGCAGAGCUCCCAGCCCAUUUUCAACUGUCCAGAACCUGAUGAGUCUCCAGAUCACAGGGUCGAGUGGAAGGGGCCCAGGGUUGAGGUCGCUAUGUGCUACAAAGGGUCAGAGCUGCAAGAGAAAAGCUUUGGAUACACAGACCAGUCUUGGAGCAUUUCCCUCUCAACUUCUAGUUGCAGCUUCUGGCACAAUGAAGUCAAAACUAGGAUAUCUGUGCCCUGCUCCGUUACUGUAGGAGUGUAUCUGAACCACGAGGCCGGGAGCCUGUCCUUCUACAGCGUCUCUGAUUCUGGUCAAAUGAGACUCCUUCACAGAGUUCAGACCACAUUCUCCAAGCCUCUGUACCCCGGGUUCAUGGUCUCCAGAGGUUCGUCUGUUCAAAUACGCGCACAAAAGUAAAGGGUUCCUGAGGGAAAUAACUUUGAGAGUAUUUUCAUUUUGCUUCGUGCAGUUUUUUUGUGUCAGAACUAACUGUUGAAUAUUUCUCAAUUUCAUUUGCACAUUAUUCCUACUUUAAA